CCCAUCAUUAGUGUCAGUGGGAGGAAUAGUGCCACAUCAUUGGUGUCAGUGGGAGGAAUAGUGCCCCAUCAUUGGUGUCAGUGGGAAGAAUCGUGCCCCAUCAUUAGUGUCAGUGGGAGGAAUAGUGCCACAUCAUUGGUGUCAGUGGGAGGAAUAGUGCCCCAUCAUUGGUGUCAGUGGGAAGAAACGUGCCCCAUCAUUGGUGUCAGUGGGAGGAAUAGUGCCCCAUCAUUGGAGUCAGUGGGAGGAAUAGUGCCCCAUCAUUAGUGUCAUGGGGGGGAAUAGUGCCCCAUAAUUGGUGUCAGUGGGAAGAAAUGUGCCCCAUCAUUGGUGUCAGUGAGAAGAAACGUGCCCCAUCAUUGGUGUCAUUGGGAGGAAUAGUGCCCCAUCAUUGGUGUCAGUGGGAAGAAUCGUGCCCCAUCAUUAGUGUCAGUGGGGAGAAAUAGUGCCACAUCAUUGGUGUCAGUGGGAGGAAUAGUGCCCCAUCAUUGGUGUCAGUGGGAAGAAACGUGCCCCAUCAUUGGUGUCAGUGGGAAGAAACAAGCCCCAUCAUUGGUGUCAGUGGGAGGAAUAG